AUGUCUGCCACAGGUAGACCUGUGGUCCGCCGGCGGCGCAAGCACGGCCCCAUUGUUCACACCCGUCGUAAGGGCAGCAACCCGUCACCGUCGCCGUCGCCUGGCUCGUCGGCUCCGCCGUCGUCGUCGUCGCGGCUGGUGGCGCUCUCGCCUGGCACGGGCAGCUCGGAUUCCUCGGCGUUGCGGCCGACGGCUACCACUCCAUCAGGCACCCGCUACCGCCCGCCUGUUUUUCUCUACGCUUCGUCGGCGGUGGCGGCGUCAGGCUCUCCGCUUGACCCGCAGGCGGCCAGCGUCGUCCACCCGUCAGCCACCGUUGCUGUCGCCGACGCUCUGCCCUCACACUCGUUCUCGUACCGUGCUGCUGACGGCCUGGGCAGGGUCGAGGUCGAGAUUGCCCGCGGCGGCGGUGGUGGCGGUGGCGGCGGUGGCGGAGAUGGCGGCGUAAGCUACCACGGCUCCGAGCUGGAUGCCGUCAUCGCUGCCGCUGCUGCCGGCCACGGAUCAGACUCGGGCACAUCGGUGCUGGAUGACUCGGAGAGUGGCAAGGCACACGUCGAGGCAGAAGGCGGGCUUGGUGCAAGCGACGGAGCCGCAACUGCUGCGCCCGUUGCUGUAGACCGCUUUGGCUUUGUCCUCGCCUCGCCCGGCGACGAGAGGUCGGUCGGAGGCCGGCCGGCGUCCCGGCCGCUGGACCAGGCGUCCAAGGAUAAGGAGAGCGAGCGCGCGACUAAGUGGCUGACCAUGUUCCGCGACUGGAGGCGGUGGCGAGUCAAGCCCAAGACCAAGGCCCGAGUCCGCAAGGGCAUUCCCGACUGCGUGCGGGGCCAGGCGUGGCUCCUCGCGUCGGGCGGGCACGAGUGGCUCCUGCGGCAGGACCGCAGCCCUGUGGAGCGGUUCCUCCAGCGCGCCACCGAUGCAUGGGCCCAAACCAUCCGACUCGACAUCAACCGCACAUUCCCGGAUCACCUGCUGUUCAUGCAGGCUGAUGGCCUUGGUCAAUCGACGCUCCACCGCGUCCUGCUCGCCUUUUCGGCCUACGAUCCCGCGGUCGGCUACUGCCAGGGCAUGGCCUUUGUUGCCGCGCUCCUGCUGAUGUACAUGGCUGAGGAAGAGGCCUUUGCCGUCCUUGUCUCUAUAGCCCAAGACCGUCCACGCUUUGGUUUUGCCGGCUUCUGGGCACCGGGCUUCCCGCUCCUCAACAAGUACUUUACCGUCUUCUCGGCGCUCCUUGCCGACGUCGAGCCCAAGCUCGCACAACACUUGAUCGAGACCGACGUCCACCCGUCACUGUACACUACCGGCUGGUUCAUGACUCUGUUUACCAACUCGGACCUCCCGUUUGCGUACUCGUUGCGGGUCAUGGACAUGGUGCUGUACGAGGGUGAGAAGGCGCUCCUCCGCUGGGCUCUUGCCUUUAUGGUCUACUACAAGGAGGAGCUGCUCAAGGGCGGCAACGAAGUAGUUUUUCCGGUCCUCAAGGGUCUCCAGGGCCUGCCGGCCAACCCCAACGUGUUUGUCAAAGGCUGGGUCCUCAAGGUCGACAUCACUCACGCCCAGAUUGACGCGCACGCUGGCGCCUACGACGCUGCUGCUGCUGCCGCUGACGGUGAGACCUAG